UCUCUCUCUCUAUUUAUUUAUUUUUUAUUUUUUUUUAAUCCUCCUAAUAUUUCAUUCGUAAAUCGCACGAACGUGCGACGAAGAUAACACGAGGAAGACGAGUUAUCUUCCCCCCACCACCACACCUCUUUCUUUCUCUCAAUAUCCUCGCAUAACUUAGCGCGUAUUUCCCCAACCCCCCACUCCUCCAUCUUUCUUUCACUCCUUCUCCUCCUCCUCCUCCUCCUCCUCCGUCUCCUUCUCCUCCUCCCUGCCACCUUCAUUUUUCUUUUUUUCUUUUCCUUCUCAUUUAAACGAGUAUUCAAGAAACUUUUCGUUAAGACGCGCGCGCUCGUGUGGAGACACUUUUUUUUUUUUAUAUUCUGCGUAUAUAAGUUAAUUCAAAAAUUCUCGUAGUACAUUUCGAUUUUGCAUAUCGAUAUAAUAAUCGAUAUAUUAUCGAUAAGUAGAAAAAUAACAUGGAAAUAUUGUUAGGGGAGUAAAUAGAGAAAAAUAAAAGACGUUUUACGCGUAUAUAUGUAACAGUAGACAUUUUGUUUUUGUUUUUAUAUCGAAGGAAAGAAGAAGAUAUCGAAAAAAGAAGAAGAAGAGUUAAAAGAAAAAAAAAAACAAACGUGCACUUGAUUCAUUGUUAUUAUGUUCGCCAUCUUGUCGAGUUUAACCGGCGCGAAAAAUCAUUUCGUACAACAUCGUUGAGUGUUUCAAUAAACAACAAUUUGUUUCUUAUGUCAGUUUUCAAAAAACAAAAAAAAAAAGAUCGUUGAUUUAUUUGUAAUCGAUAAAAAUAAAUCUUUGAGUGAUCAAAAAGAAUAUCCACAACAAAGUGUGAAAAAGUUUGAACUUACGUGUGGAUUGAAGAAAAUCUAAAAAAAAAAAAAAAAAAUAAAGGAAGAGGAUACCGGCUGGCUAGGUGGAUUUUUCCUGUCAUUUCGAAGGAUUUUAUUUUUGACAAACGGAUAGAUUCAACAAACUCUCUCUCUCCUCUCUUCACAAAUAGUUUCUUCUUCUUUUUAUUUCACUCACAUACACACUAGAUAUAAAACUCGAAUCACUGUAAAAGAAAGAAGAGACAUACUUAUCGGUGAAAACCAGCUGUUAUCUUCGAAUCAUGAAGCUACACUUGAAUUUAAUUUUGGGUUUGGUUACCUUAACCGUAAUCGAAAAGAUUGAUGGUUUUUCGAGUGGUGCACCACCAAAGACUUGCAUCGAUUUAAUACCUGGACAUAGUGGUGGCAAAAUUCAGACUUCGUAUCCACCUUAUCAGGUAUUACCUGCCGCGGGACAAGGUAGAGUUCGGCUUAUUCUAGGAAGUCCUCAGGGUCUUGCUUAUGAAGGUUUCUUCAUCCUUGCUAGAGACGUUGAAAGCGGCGAAUUGAUUGGCGAGUUCAACAACUUGCCCGAUAAUGCCAAGUUCGUUGAAUGUACAAAUGGUGUUAACAACGCUGUUACUCAUACUAGUAAAGAAAAAAAACAUAACCUAGAAUUCGAUUGGAUCGCACCGCCAGAGUAUGAGGGUACCAUUAUAUUUAAUUCUACCUUCGCUCAGGAUUACGCCACGUAUUGGGUUGGUGUUGAGUCACCGAAGGUUACCGUUCUUAAACGAUCCAUCGAUGUUUUAACAUCGUCGACAUCCUCCACGACCUUGAGAACAACUACACCGCCAUAUUAUACUCCAAGGGACGAUGACAAGGAUGUUAAUCAAGACGAUCCUUUCUAUGAAGGAUGCAGUGAAACAAAGAAUUGUUUCGGAUUACCUGAUGGUUGUCUACAAACAAAGAAUUGUAAAAUUGCUGUAUCUGUAUUAGUCCGUGGAGACCGAUAUCUUUUCGAGAUGCAAGCUAGAGAAGGAAAAUAUGUUGCAGUUGGACUCUCUGAAAAUAAUAAAAUGGAUGACGACAGUGUGGUGGAAUGUACAAACGAUGGAAGUGAUAUCAAAUUAUACACGUCAUGGAAUACUCCUAACAAGCGUAACGAGCGACACAGCUUGCAACAAGGUUCAGUACAAUUGGAAUCGGCUAUGUUAAACGAGGAUCAAAUAAAUUGUAAAUUUUGGAGAGACAAGAUAACUGUAGCUCAAGGUCACAAAUUUGAUCUUGUCAAUAAGCCAUAUUAUCUUUUGUUAGCUCAUGGCAGCGAGCUCAGAGCCAACGGUAUUGGAUAUCACGACCUAGUUCGUGAUUCUACAGGCGAAGCAAAAUUGUUGUCUGACGUUGGUUCAUUCACGGUGUCUAAUAACAUGUUGAUUCAUAUUCAUGGUUCCUUAAUGAUCGUAGCAUGGAUGGGUACAACUUCCAUUGCUAUACUUUUAGCAAGAUAUUACAAACAAACUUGGGUACAUUCGAAAAUGUGCGGAAAAGAUCAUUGGUUUGCCUGGCACACCUUCUUGAAUAGCAUUACCUGUAUACUGACAUUGAUUGCUAUCGUCGUUAUAUUCGUCGAACUAGGCACGUGGAGUACAGAAACUUUCCACGCUUCUUUGGGAUUGGCUACUACUAUUUUAUGUUUCAUACAACCAUUCAUAGCAGCUAUGAGGCCCGAACCUGGUGCACCGAGGCGUCAACUUUUCAAUUGGACACACUGGUUCAUCGGCAAUGCUGCACAGAUUUGCGCAAUCGUCGCAUUAUUUUUUGCCGUACGAUUGAGCAAAGCCAAACUUCCGGAAUGGGUUGAUUGGAUUUUGGUGGCUUAUGUCAUUUUUCACGUAUUAACUCACGUGAUAUUAACCUUCCUCGGUUAUGCACCAGAGAGAGAAUCCUCCCAAAGAGGGGAUUCAUUUCCCAUGAAGGACAUGAGUCCACGUGGACAAAUGACAAGCUCGGAUACGAGAAUGGAAGCACCCCGAGCUGGUUUGAGAAAACUCAUUUUAGGCAUCUACGUCGUAGUAAUCAUCGUUUUUCUCGCAAUUUUCAUUACCUUCGUUGUACUAGCACCCAUCGAAGAAACUUGGUCGUCCAUUAAAAAUACCAUCUCGAGUUAUUGAACCUAUUUUUCGAAUAAAAAAAAAAA